AUGAAGGCCACUCCGUUGCUUGUUUCAUGGCAUAAUGACAAUGCCCCUAUCUAUUCGGUGCAUUAUGACCCCAAUGGAAAGGGCCGUCUAGCUACUGCUGGCAAUGACAACAACGUCCGACUUUGGAAGGUCGAAUCUGCCGGAGAGGACCGAAAAGUUACUUAUCUAAGUACUUUGUUAAAACAUACACAGGCCGUCAAUGUGGUUCGGUUCAGCCCGAAAGGUGAGAUGCUGGCAUCUGCCGGAGACGAUGGAAAUGUCCUGCUGUGGGUACCGUCGGAGCUGCAGACGCAAGCUGGGCUGGGCGAAGACCGUUCGGAUGACAAGGAAACAUGGCGUGUGAAGUACAUGUGUCGCUCGUCCGGUGCCGAGAUCUACGACCUGGCCUGGUCUCCCGAUGGUGUUUUCAUCAUUACAGGCAGCAUGGAUAACAUCGCCCGGAUCUACAAUGCCCAAACUGGGCAAAUGGUCCGACAGAUCGCAGAGCAUUCACACUACGUUCAAGGUGUAGCCUGGGAUCCGCUGAAUGAAUUUGUCGCGACUCAGUCGUCCGACAGAUCGGUCCAUAUCUAUUCCUUGAAGACUAAGGAUGGCCAGUUCACAUUGACACCACACGGGAAGAUCCACAAGAUGGAUCUGCCCGCCAAGCGUAUCUCCUCCAGCAGUCCUGCGCCUCCAGAUAUGACUAGCCGGCCCCAGCAGCCCACCGCAAAUUCCCUUGCGAUUGCCUCGCCUGCUCCCUCGACCCCAGGAACCCCAAUGGCAUCAAAUCUUCCCAUGGAUCCUCCUCCAGUAUCACAUAGCCGACGGUCUUCGUUCGGCUCGUCUCCUUCGAUCCGGCGCUCUGCCUCUCCUGCCCCGUCUCUACCAUUGCCCGCCGUGAAACCAAUGGAGACAUCCUCCCCGAGCCUUGUUGGUGGCCUUGGUGGUCUAAGUGGACUGGGGGUAAAGAACACCAGCAUCUAUGCCAACGAGACGUUCACGUCCUUCUUCAGGCGGCUAACGUUUGCCCCCGACGGAAGCCUGUUGUUUACACCAGCUGGGCAAUUUAAGACUUCUCACAUCUCAGCCACGGAUUCUGCGAAGACGACAGAUGAGAUCAUCAACACCGUCUACGUCUACACACGGGCAGGUUUCAACAAGCCCCCGAUCUCUCACCUUCCAGGACACAAGAAGCCAUCAGUUGCAGUCAGAUGCUCCCCGAUCUUCUAUACCUUGAAGGACGGUAUCCAACCUGCCAGAACCCUCACCCUUGAUACGUCUUCUGGCGAGGACAUGUUCCCAUCUCUUCCAGAUCCCGUGGUAACGACAGGGCAGUCCUUUAUUAACCAACCCCAGAUGGAUCCCCCGUCUUCAACGCCGGCCGAACCAUCGAAACCUCAACCAUCUGCAAAGACCCCUGAAGAUGGCGUUGACACAAACCAGAACUCGGCUCCAGUAUUCGCACUUCCUUAUCGCAUUGUGUAUGCCGUUGCCACCCAAGAUGCCAUUUUGGUAUAUGACACGCAGCAACAAACCCCAUUGAUCGUUGUCAGCAAUCUGCAUUUCGCUACAUUCACCGAUCUCUCUUGGUCCACUGAUGGCUUGACAUUGCUCAUGAGUUCUUCUGAUGGCUUCUGCUCAACGCUUUCGUUCGCCCCUGGGGAGCUCGGACAGCAAUACACUGGACCAACAGGGCCAAACUCUACAAGUCAAAACAGCGCAACAUCAGGCACCUCUUCAACAAACAUCACACCUCUGCCGACACCAACGCAUGCGCCAUCCCCGGCCAAGGCCCAUGUACCAGCGAACACGGCAGCUGCAGCACCCCCAGCUAGCCCCGCACGGUCAAACUCAGCGAACUCAAUCGCAACUCAGUCUUCACAACCACCCCCUACUGGUGUGGUUAAUAACCCUACUCCAAUUCUAGGCUCUGUCCCGCUUGUAACAGCAACAAACUCUGCGCAGCCACCAACACUUCCACUGACAACACCGCCACAAACUCCAUUAAGCACCCAAGGUGGCGCCACCACCGGUGGCACCGUGUUGGGCAAGCGCGAUGCAAGAACUACCAGCGAAUCGGAGAGAGAAGAUACCAAGGAUGCGUCAAAUACGCCGCCACAGCCGCAGAAGAAGCGCCGCAUCGCUCCAACCCUGAUCUCGUCCGGUACCGAUUCGAACGAUGGGAAGUCAUGA